ACUUGUUGAAAUAUUCCACUUAUCGAGUGUCAAUUCCUUUAUUUUUGUUUACUUCUGGGAAAUAAUUUUUAUUAUGACUCGUCGACAGAUCGGUGAAUUGAGACAAGUGGCACACGCCGCCAUGUUUUUUUACCACUGGCAUGUGCUGCUUUGUGUUGGAAUGUAAACAAAAGAAAAGGCCGGCUGGUUGUGUUGUUGACAGGGCGAGAUAACAAUUUCCAAAUUUGUGGCUGUUUAAUUAAACUUGAAAAUGUCGUUCAGACCUGGAGGAUUUGGCGACGCGUCGGAUGGGGACUUUGACGAUGAAGACGGAUUUUCAACCGCUGAAGAUCACCCCCACACGAGGAACUUCACCCCACGCCUCCGUUCAAAGCCCUCAGAACAGGAGAACAACAACAAGCUGUACCCCCAGUCCCAGCCAAGUGACUACGACCUCCACCUGCAAGUCUUGACAGCCUGCAUGACAGGAGAGCUCUCCACAAUCGACUCCUUCCUGGACUCUGGCCACGACAUAAAUGCCUUCCUGAGCAGUGGCUGGACCCUCCUCCUCUACGCCUGCAACGCCCUCCUUCCAGGGGUGAUCGAGCACCUGUUGAAGCGAGGAGCGAACCCAAACACUCACAAGAAUGGCUACACUCCCCUGAUGGCCGUCUGCGACUCCACCCACGGAAAGUCCGAUCAGUGCCUCCAGUGCAUUUCGAUUCUCCUGGAAGCGAAGGCAGAUCCAAAUGCCACGAACAAGGACAGGAGAACAGCCCUCAUGUUCGCCUGCAAAACAGGGCAUCCAGAGGUUGUUAUGAAGAUGCUGGAGCAUGUGAAGGACAUCAACGCAGUCGAUAACGACGGGAGGUCUGCUAUUUUCUACGCAGUUACCUCGAACCACCCAGAGAUCGUCAAGAUCUUGAUGUCGAAGAAGGCAUCAGUGGGUCUGAAGGACAGACGUGACCUGACGAUUCGAGACAUCGCUUCCACCAAAGGCUUUGACGACAUCCUGGAGAUGCUGGAGUUCGAGGAGGAGGAGAUCGAGAGCUUUUGCCCAGUGGCACAUGUCACAGAGUGGAAGGAGGCUUUCUCGGGGAUCAAGGGGACCAAGGAGCGCUUCGUUAACGUGGAUGUGGCUGCUGUGCUCUAUGGCCUCGGGCUGGAGAGGUACAGGCCCAUCUUCCAGGGGAUGGAGCUGCAUGAGUUCCUGCAGCUCACUGAGCAGGACCUGGUUAGGCUCGGGAUGGAUGUGGGGUAUCACAGGAAACAGUUCUUGAGUGGACUCAUGCAGUUCCAUACGUGGAGGUGGAGCCAUCUGAGCCUGGGGAGCAUCAAUAAGACCAUUUCUCAUACACUUUACGACGGAGUUAUGGCUCUAGGAAACGUAGCUCGUCAGAUCGGUGUAAUUGGCUCGAGUUUUCGGUUCAUCAAGAGGAGUGUCUUACAGAUUGGUAAGCCCAAAGAGACACUGUCCGAAAUACAGAACAAAACAUUCAAAGACGAGCUCCAAAAGACCGAAGAAACCCUGGGAUCAUUGAGGAAAGAUCUUGACCAGAUGCUCAAGUUCGCGAAGAAAGUGGAGAGAGACAGUGUGGUUUAUCCGCCACCAGAGUACAUCGGUCCUGACAAGAAGAAGACGAUGAGCCGCUGGCCCAUCAUCCUGGGGGCCACUGUGAUGGCUGGAUUCUACUUAUCGAAGACUGGAUACCCAACAAGACUGUGGAACUGAGUAUUCAGUAUUAACUCCUUCAUGACAAACCAGUAUUUUUGUUUCAUAAUUUUUUUAUUAAAUUUGAAGCAACAUUUUUAUUUCUCUUAUCAUGUUCUAUCUAACGUUGGAAAAACAAAUAUAAUUUACGUUGAACAUUGUCAAA